AUGCCGGAUCCAUUCUUGCCAUUGCAGUACACGACAAACAAUAACGCAGGUAGCCAAUCGGCGUCGGCAUUUGCUCAAGCCGUCAUGACCGGCAAGGGCCAGGGGCGCGUGCAGACCCCGGGGGAGUGGUACCAAUGCCGGCAGCCCGAGAUCGUCAAGAUGCUACAGGAAUAUCAGUUUGGAUACUACCCCGACCACUCACUGGAGAAGGUCGAGGCAACACGGUCCGGAAACACGAUCAACAUUGCAGUAACAGCGGACGGCAAGACAGGCAAGUUCAAGGCGACCUUGACGCUGCCGAGCGGUGCGAGCAAGGACAAGCCGGCGCCUGUGGUCAUCAACAUUGGAGGCAUGCAGAACCAGCCAUACCUCAAUUCUGGGAUUGCAAUCGUCGGCUUUGAUUACACCAGCGUAGCUGCUGAUAGCAACAGCAAGACGGGUGCGUUCUGGGACGUCUACAAGGGCCGAGACAUUGGGGUUCUGACCGCAUGGGCAUGGGGUUUCCAUCGUACUCUCGAUGCACUGAACAUGACAGUUCCUGAGAUUGACCCGACCAAAGUUGGCGUAACGGGCUGCUCACGUCUUGGCAAGGGAGCUCUGGCGGCAGGUCUCUUUGACAAGCGCAUCACAUUGACGAUGCCCAUGUCCGCAGGCGUCCAGGGCACGGGGCCGUAUCGCUACUACUCGAUGAGCGGACAAGGCGAGAACUUGGAGAACUCCAAGUCAGGGGCUGGCUGGUGGACCAACAGCGUCAUGGGCAAGUUCGUCAACCAUGCCGAGAACUUGCCAUACGAUGCCCACACCAUUGUGGCUGCCAUUGCGCCCAGAGCCAUUGUGAUAGACCAGGGCACGGGCGACCAGUUCACGAACAGUAAAGCAACAGCCGUCAUUGUGUAUCCGGCUGCGAAGGUGGUGUAUGACUGGCUCGGCGUAGGGGAUAAGAUCGCCAUGAGUGUGAGGAGCGGAGCGCAUUGCGAUAUGAGCGGAUCCACGGCCGUUCUACCGUAUGUGCAAAAGAUCUUGCAAGGAAAGGCGAUCACGCAGGAUUACAACAAUCUCGGGUCAUACGGAUCGCCGACCUCGACAGCUUUCCCCUGGGCCACGGCUGUUCCGAAAGCAACAUCGUGA